AUGGUGCUCUUUGCAGAAAAACUUGGAUGCCACCAUAAAAACUCCAAAACCGCGCUCGCCUCGUUGAAUGAUUUUCAAUCCGAAAUAUCGAGUUUUCUCAAAGAAACCACGGUCAAGCUAGCGAAAUCACCCAAGUCUCUUUCCAUGCAAUUUUUCCAAAAUCUUUUCGAGCUCAUAAAUUUCGCUGACCAGGCUUUUGCUAAACUCACAACGAAAAUCGACUACCCCAUGAGCCAGUGGGGCGGGAAAGCCACCCACGAGUACCUAAAUCACAGCUUAAUCUUUCUCCAAAUGCUUAAUUCAAUCAGCACCUUAAUUUCCCAUCUAAACCAGGCCAGAGUCUCCAUUUCCCGUUCCCUCAGCCUGAUCGAAAAAAACUCGAUAAAUAUGGCAACUAAGUACUUGAAAAAAAGCCAGGGAACUAAAAUUUCUAAUCCUAGCAAGUGUACUUUCAGUGUGGAAGGCCUGUCGACUGGAGUUGAGAAGAAACCCGGUUGUGAAAAGAAAGAGCGCGUGGUUUUAGAAGCUUUGAUUGUUGUAAAGAAGAUCCGAUUUUUUGCACUUGGGUUAGUGAUGUCGCGUUUGUGUGAGGACAAGAAAAUGUGCUGGGAAGUUGGGGUGUUUUCGGGUGAUGAGCCGUUUAAAAUGGUUUUGGACUUGGGUUUUCGAAAAGAGGUUGUUGCAGUUAUGGAAAUAGGGGGCCCAAUGGAUGAGGUGAACCGUGCGGUUGAGAGGGUUUGUGAGGGAUUAUUAAUGUCUAAUGGAAAAGUUGAAUGUGAGGCAAUGAAGGAAUUGAAGGGAAGGUUAAAGGUGCUGGAUAAUUGUGUGGAGUUUGUGGAGAAAGAGGUGAAUGGUUUGUUUUGUCAGGUUUUGGGUGUAAGGAGUAAGUUGUUGGACAAUAUUAGGAUUAUUGGGCAGGAUCCUUGA